CCCGCGUCCUCAGUAAAGUCACUCGGAGGCCAUUACCCUGCAACCAUUUUCUUUUCUUUCAUACCUAGAUCAAUAACCAUUUCAAUACAUCCAUAGUAUAUCCCUGCAAGUUGAUUAAGCGCUUGUUGGAUACGUGCAAAUUUAUAGAGCGCGAGGGAAGUGCACCUCUCCACGAAAACCCUUCGGAUAAUUUCGGCUUGAUUCGUGCGCCGCUGUUUUGAAAUGGACGCGACUGAACCGGCGGCGGACGCGUCCGAGAGCGCGUCUACGGGAGCGGCUGUAGGUUCGGAUACCGAAUCGGAGGCCGAAGUCACUACGAUGACUGUGAUGGGAGACGCGGGAAGCAUCGACAUAGCCGAAUCUCUUCCGAACCCGGACGACACCGAAUCGGCGUUUGCGGAGAUCACUGCAGUCACUGUUGGCGAUGUUCAAAGCACAGAUGACAACGUAUUUACAUCCACUGCAGCAUCCAUUCGUGAACACAUGCUCACUGGCAGAACUACACUUCAGAUCGCAGACAGUCUGAGUACACAGAAGGCCACACUGAUCGUAGUGCACACAGAUGGGAGUAUCGUAGACGCCACAGGACUGAAGGGCACUGCGACACCAAUGACACCUGGUCCUCAGACCCCGUCCACUCCGCUUUCAUCAGGACACGAUAAGGACGUCUCUAAGUAUAACUGGGAUCCAUCAGUUUAUGACAAUGAGCUUCCUGUGCGCUGCAGGAACACAAGCGGUGUUCUCUACAAAAACAGACUGGGCUCAGGAGGCAAAGGGCGCUGCAUCAAACACAACAAUAACUGGUACACUCCGACGGAGUUUGAGGGAAUGUCGGGCAGAGCGAGCAGCAAAGACUGGAAGAGAAGCAUCCGCUAUGCUGGCCGACCUCUACAGUGUCUUAUUCAGGAGCGUAUUCUGGUCCCUCAUGCAGCGUCUUGUACCUGUGCGGCCUGUUGUGAUGAUCUGUCUACAUGUACCAAGGACGGAUCUUUUGGAGAGGAGAACAUCACCAUGACGGGACCCGUCAGACUGUUUGUCCCUUAUAAAAGAAGGAAGAAAGAUGGAGAUCGCCCAGCAUCUCCUGAGAAGAAGGAAGUUCAGACACCAAAGAACAUCACCCUGGCUCCAGGGGCAACGUUUACAGUGACUCCGUCCGGACAGAUCACCACAUCAGACACACUGACCUUUGACCGAGCGGUGACAGGGGAGACCACGGCCAUCAUCUCCGACAGCCCUGCGCCUGCUGACGUUUUCACCAAUACAGCUGUGUUGACCACACUCCCUGCACUGGCGGUGGUCCCUCAGCAGGUGGUGCAGUCUAAACCUCCGCCAGUGGGGGCGCUGAUGAACAGGCUGGAGACAGGUGAGCAGCGCUCGUGGAUUUACCUGGAGGAGAUGGCCAACACGCUGCUCAGUAACGUCCAACAGCUCAAAGUCCUGAUCGCACAAGCCAAACAGGCCAGUCAGAACGGACAGCACACUAUCAGUCCAGAGAAAAACAACAGCGUCCGGAAAGAGUCCUUUCAGAGUCAACUGUCACUCAGUGAAGAAACUGAUGGCAAAAUCACUGAAAUUAUCAUUAAGCACACAUGUAUGAACUGUGGCAGAGAGGCAUUGAGUGAAUGCACGGGUUGCCACAAAGUCCAUUACUGCUCUGGGUUCUGUCAACGGAAGGACUGGAAAGAACAUCAGUUGAGCUGCUGCCAGCCGAGCGUGGCCGUCAGCAUACAGGAAGAAACUCAGAUAGCCAGUAUGGAAGUGGAGAAAGGGAAGAUGUAGUGCUCCACACCACUGGAUUCCACCCCCAUAAUGCACUGUAUGAAGAAUAGAUCGUUGAUUCUUUCCCUUCAUAUGUUUUAGUUUAGAUAUAAAGUCUUAUAGUAACAGCUCCCUCAACUUGAACUGCACGUUUUGUCAGUGACAACAAUCCUUAAAGGAAAAGUUCACCCUCUGUCAUCAUUUACUCACCCUCAUGUUGUUCCAAACUCGCAUGGCUUUUUUUAUUUCGUAGAAUACAGAAGUAGAUGUUUUAAUGAAUGUUGACACUGCUCAUAUGACUCAUGCGCUAUAUUCCAAUUGUUCUGAAGCCAAACGAUACCUUUGUGUGAGGGACAGUCUCAAAUUUAAGAAGACUUCAAAAACAGCGCAUGAGCAUGUUUAGAGUUUUGUUUUUGCCUUUUUGAAGCUUGACUGCCCCUGGUCACCUUAACAUUUCAUUUUGUGGAAAAGAGCAGCUUGUAGAUUCUUCAAAAUACCUUAUGUUGGUUCCACAAAAGAAAGUCAUGUGGGUUUGGGACGACAUGAGAGAGAGUAAACGAGGGGCAGAAUUCAAAUUUUUGGCGUACUAUUCCUUUAACAGGGCAGUGCUAUAAUUUCAGAAACUCAAUCUAAUGAAGGAUUACAUUUUUACAAUAUUUUCGAAACAUAACAGAAAUAAAUGGAAAAACAUGAGCUAUUGCGCCUCUUUAUUCCAUGUGUUUUGAGGACACACAGACACACACACAUUAUCAUGAUAAGCAUUUUUGAAUAGCC